AUGGAAGACAUACUAUCGGAUAUAAAAGACCAUCUAGACACCGAAGACUUUGGCCGGAUAAGCGAAGGUCUCGAUCAGCUAGACUUGCUUCUUUCGCGAUUGUUGCCUGAGAUCGUCAAAUUUCAGAAUGGCUCCGUUUUAUCAGCUUCGAAUAAGGGUAUUCAUACUGGCAACGGCAGCGGAACAAGUCUAAACUCGUUUAUAGCAUUACAGGAUAGCUUUCGAUUCAAUGUGGCGUCUUCUUUACUCAAUUAUUAUAGCUUGCUAAGCUCGAACAAUUCAACAACACAGAAUUUGGACGAAGACGAAAUCAACAAUGCCACGCUCAAAUGCAACAGGUUGCUACAAGGGUUACUUUUACUUCAUCCGGAAUCACGGAGUUUGUUUCAUAGACAGAAGAAUAUGGAUGCUAUUUUGGGACUAUUUGAAAAGAACAAUUCUAUAGAAAUCGCAGUAUCAAUGAUAACCACAUUGAUCCAUAUCCUCCUCAAGGACCUUGUAAAUUUCCGUAAUUUCGAGGAAAAUUACGGCUGUUCUAUACUUAUCAGAAGGUUCAAACUUUCAUCGUUUGACAUGUCGAAAAUAAACAACCACAAGGACUCAAAGAAAAUCUACACACAGCAGGAUUUGAACUUCAAGAUCAUUGAGUUCUUGAUAUUCUACUUAAUUGACGAGCACACAGUAGCAAAUCCAGGGUCUGAAUCAAAGGCACAGAUAAAGACAGUAGAGGAGAAAUCGAACUUGUUCAGAAAGGAUUUCCCCGAAAUAGACAGCUUAAUCGAGAACUUGAACGAGCUUAAAGAUUUGUGA